AGAUGGACUCGGAUGCUGGUGCAGUGUAUAAAAGAAGCGGGUCUGGACCAUCUGUUAUGAUGAAUCAGACAAUGCUGAGAAGACAUGGCUGGUCAUCGACAAGUGUGGUGGAAUCGCUACCAGACGAAAUUGUGGAGCUCAUCCUCACGAGACUUGCUGUGAAGUGUCUGCUGAGGUUUAAAUGUGUAUCAAAGAAGUGGAAAUCCACAAUCGAGUCCCUCCGUUUUAAAGAGGCACAGUUGAGGCAAUCGCAGCAAUCGGGAGAUCCAGAUUUUCUUUAUGUGACCGAGUAUAAUAAUGAUGAUGAUGAUGAUGAAGUGAGAAUCAUCCCUGUCUUGGGGUCGUCGUCAAUGAUUCGUACGGGCAAGUUCCCAUCUAUUCCCAACACCAAGGUUUGCUAUGGUAGUUGUGAUGGUCUUAUAUGCCUCUUUUCUCACCACACACCUAACAUGGUGGCGAAUCCGGCGACCAGAUGGCACCAAAGUUUUCCUCUUUCUAGAGUCCAACAGCUUCUCUCCAACAUGUGUAAAACCGAAUCAGCCUGGGAUACCCCAAACCCUCAACUUGGAUUCGGCAAAGACAAAUUCACAGGCACCUACAAGCCCGUCUGGUUAUGUAAUUCAGCUGAAUUUGGCCGCCGCCUAGACAACACUACUACUUGUGAGGUUUUCGACUUUAGCACUAAUGCUUGGAGGUACCUUGUCCCUGCUUCUCCGUAUCGGAUUUUGGAUGGCCAUAAGCCUGUGUAUUUUGAUGGGUCACUUUAUUGGUUAACCGAGUGUGCCAAGGUCUUGUCUUUUGAUCUUCACAGUGAAACUUUUCAAGUCAUCUGUCAAGCUCCCUUUUCCCAUAUACCUGAACCUCAGCAAGUCGUCAUGUGCAUCCUCGACAACAGCUUGUGCCUAUCCCAAAGAAACUGGCCCACCCAAGUGAUAUGGUCCUUGUUGUUACACACCAACAAUACCUCCUGGAAGGAAAUCUGUACAAUAGAUCUCACCAAAACCUUUUCUUUGCCUGAGGAGCUUCCUCAUUUUCCAUUACCAGUUGCAUUGCCAGUAGCGCUUCUGGAGAAGAAGACCAAGUUACUCUUUGGUCCUGCACUUAUGCAACCAAUGGUGAUACAUGAUCUCCAUACCAAAUCUUAUCAUAAAGUUUUAUCACCCGUGGGCGUCUUUGGCUAUCCCGUUUGUCAUUUCGAUUCUUUAUUCUCCCUUUCACCCAACUAAUCUAUUUCAUACUUCAUUUGAACCAUUGUAAUUUUUAACUUUGUCUUAUUGCUGCUGUAUACAAAGCUCUUUUUUUUUUUUU